UCUAAUGAAACCCACGUCAGUGAUUUAUUUUGCAGUAUGAGAAAGUGAGGGAUACGAUAAAAUGAAAAUAAAUGGCAGCCGACUGAUGAACAGUUCUUCACUGACCCCGCACGAAGUGACACUGGGUCGCCCUGCGUGGGUGCCUCCAACUUUGGGAGGGUUUUUGAUUUUCACGAUCGUCGUUGACAUACUGGGCAACCUGCUGGUCAUUUUCUCCGUGUACAGAAACAAGAAACUAAGGAACGCAGGAAACAUAUUUGUGGUGAGCCUGGCCGUAGCGGACUUGGUGGUGGCUGUGUACCCUUAUCCCCUGGUGCUCGUGUCCAUCUUCCACAACGGAUGGAACCUGGGCUUCUACCACUGCCAGGUGGGCGGCUUCCUGAUGGGCCUGAGCGUGAUCGGCUCCAUCUUCAACAUCACGGCCAUCGCCAUCAACCGCUACUGCUACAUCUGCCACAGCCUCAAGUACGACAGGCUGUACAGUGACAAGAACUCUGUGUGCUACGUGCUGCUCAUCUGGCUGCUGACGGUGGUGGCCAUCGUGCCCAACUUCUACGUGGGCUCGCUGCAGUACGACCCGCGCGUCUACUCGUGCACGUUCGCGCAGUCGGCCAGCUCGGCGUACACCAUCGCUGUGGUCUUCUUCCACUUCCUCCUGCCCAUCAUGAUUGUCAGCUACUGCUACCUGCGCAUCUGGAUCCUGGUCAUCCAGGUGCGGCGGCGGGUCAAGCCCGAGUUCCGGCCCAAGCUCACGCCGCACGACGUGAGGAACUUCGUCACCAUGUUCGUGGUGUUCGUGCUGUUCGCCGUCUGCUGGGCGCCGCUCAACUUCAUCGGCCUGGCCGUGGCCAUCAACCCGGCUCGCGUGGCGCCGCUCAUCCCCGAGUGGUUCUUCGUCUCGAGCUACUUCAUGGCCUACUUCAACAGCUGCCUUAACGCCAUCGUCUACGGACUGCUCAACCAAAACUUUAGGCGCGAGUACAAGAAGAUUAUUGUCUCGCUUUGCACAGCCAAGAUGUUCUUCCCCGACAGUUCCAACGAUGCUGCCGAGCGCAUCAAGAGCAAGCCGUCGCCACUGAUGACAAAUAACAACCAAGUUAAAGUAGACUCAGUCUGAGCCGCAAACAGCCGUCACUGUGAGAAUGAAAACAUACCAAAUACCCAUCUCAGAUGUUUGACUAUUUAUACACAAAACAAAUUUGGGAUGCACAGCGUGUGUGUGUGUGUGUGUGCGUGCGUGUGUGUGUGUGUGUGUGUGUGUGUACGUGUGCAUGUGUGUGUUUUCUUUUUUUGACAAAAUGUGCUUCUGAAAAAGUGUGUUGCAGUCAAGUACAGUAUUUUUCAUGUGUCUCAAUGUUUACAGUAAGUAAAAACAACCUAGGCAGAAAAAGAAAACUUUAUUUAUUUUGAGAGAUGUAUUUGAGAGAUGUAUAAUGAUCACAUCCCCAGACAAUGUUUUUAUGAACUCAUGAACACAUCCUUCUGUAAUGACAUGACAUAAGACAUGACAUAACUCGUGAGACUAGUAAGUGGUCUGGUUACUGUGACAACUAGGAGAACAAUCUUCCUGUUCCUAUGACAAAAAAAAAAAAAAAGGUCUUCAUUUAGUCUUAAAGUACAGUGUAUUGUAUGAAACAUGUUUUGCAAAGCACUGUAAUCACAGUGUAUUUUGAGCAUGUAUAAUUGGACAAAAGCAUAUGGUUGUGUGGAAAUAGUAUUAUGUACCAGGAAGGUCCCUUACACUAUAUAAGGAUCGUCAAACACUAUCAAUGACAGAUUCGUAAAUUACUAUGAAUACCUUAUGGUUAUUUUGGGAGUAAAUUAUAUACUCAUUCAAAAGGAAUUGCCUGCCAUUUUGAUAAAGUGAAUGGCUCUCUACCAUCAUGGAAGCAGUACCCGCACAAAAUGCCAGAGCUCAUCCAAUGGAUUAUAGUCAGUGGCUACAACAAAUGUCGACAAAGCCUAAGAAUGAAAGCAAUAUAUCCAGGUGACACCUUACUUAUCAGUAACUGUGAUAUUUAUGAUUAACAUUCUAGAGAAUAUUGUCCAUUAAUUCAGCAUGGACCUUGUUCUCAUGUAUACCAGUAAUGUUGUACAAAUUUUUGUUAUGUCAUCGCGGUGUCAUCAUUUCAAGCAGUUCAAUAACACAACUCGAUUGUUUACAAACAUGACAAGACUGAAAAACUUCUGUGCUAUGUUGUCUUUACA